AUGGUAGCUUUUUCAAAGGUAGUCACAUACGUAUCAUCUGUAUUAUUUGCAGGAUACCUUAUCAAUAGAGUCUAUGAUUCAUACAGCGAGUAUGUUGCAGAAGAGGGAUACAAGGUAGAGGAUAUCUUUGGUGGAGGAUCACAAAGAGACUCGCAAUCAAGUUCAUCACGUAAACGUGGUGGAGCUCAAUCUCGUGGUGGUUCUAGCGCUGGAGGUCGUGGUUCACAACAACAACAACAACGUGGUGGUAGCAAGCAACAACAACAACAAGACCCAGCAAUGCUCAAGUAUCAAGGUCUUCGUCGUCUCUUUGAAGAGACUGUUCAAGAUGAAGAGUAUGCAAAGGCUCUCGUCAUCUCUGAGGAAAUGUACGAACUUGUUCAAUCCUCUCCACUCCUCGCUAGUCAAGAUGGUAAUGCUCUAUACACUAUCCUCAGACUUGCAAGUGUCACCAAGAAUCAUAAGAAAUUAGCUCAAUAUGCUCCAAGAGCAAUUGAACUUAUGGGUCCAAAUCCAUAUGGAGAAAAGUUAAUGGAAAUUGUUGAUAUGGUCGAUCUCAUUGUCAAGGACAAGUUGGAGGAAAAGAAAUACGACGAAGCUAUCGCAACCAUCAAGAUGUAUCUCAAGAAAUACAACACUUACAGACCAGAGAAUGUUGCAACCUUAUAUGGACUCUUGGCCGCCGUCUAUCGUCAAAUGGACAGCCAACAAGAAUACGAAGAUGCCAUCCAAUACUCUGUCGAGAUGGCCAGAAAAUCAAAUGACCAAAAUACUUUGGCUUCUGCUCUUGUAGACAUUUUGGAAUUCCAAGUUAACAAGGGUAAACUUCAACUUGAUGACGUAGAAGAAGAGGAAGUGCGCAUUUUGAUAUUAACUAUCUAUCUAUUUUCAAAUCUAGGCGAAUAUGAAAAGGUUGACAAGACUAUUGAGGAAUUAUUACCAUUAUUCCCAACCAACGAACAAAAGCUCACCAUCUUUAGAGUAAUGUGUCCUAUUUUACUCGCUGGAAAGUAUUUGUCAAAGUAUGUCGAAGUACAAAGAGAGAUUGUCGAAAUCUUUUCAAACAAAUUACAAACCAAGUUUGCAGAUUUUGUCGAUGAUGACAAGGUUAAAUUGGUCAACCAUUUGUUACGUGAAAAUAUUUGUUUGGCAUCUGCUUUGGUACUUGUAGGAAAUGAAGAUGAAGCUAUGGAAAUGUAUAACAAGGUUAAACAUAAUGAAACCCUUGUUUAUACAUUAUCAACAUUCUCUAAAUACUACAAGACCAAGGAAGCUUCAAUUGACUUGAACGAUCAAGACCAAUUUGUCUUCUCUGUCAAGAUUGAAGUCCCAGAAUACCCUCAAGAAGCAUUGACCGACGAUUUGGUCGCCAUCUGCAAAUUUGAAAACCCACAAUUCGUCCAACCAAAUGGUUCGACCAUCGUUGUUGAUGAAGUCAAGUCACAAUUGAUUGAAGAUAACCAAGAAAUCAAACAAGAACAAGAACAACAAGAACAAGAACAUAAGACUGAAGAAAAGGUUGAAGAAGAAAACAAGGCUGAAGAAGAGAACAAGGUUGCAUCAAACUUAGUUGUUGAUGAAGUCAAGUCACAAUUGGUUGAAGAUAACCAAGAAAUCAAACAAGAACAAGAAGAAAAGAAGGAUUCUGAAGAACAACAAGAAGAAAACAAGACUGAAGAAAAGGUUGUAGAAGAAGAAAAGGUUGAAGAGGAAAAGAAGGAGGAACAACAACCACAAGAAGAAGAAGAAAAUAAGACUGAAGGAGAAGAAAAGGUUGUUGCAGAGGCUCAACCUGAAGAAGAAACCAAGAUCUUGACUGAAACUAUCGAUGUUGAAAAGAAGGCUGAAAAGGUUGUCACUUUUGAAGCUGUUGUCGGAAAGAUCGUCGAACCAACCAAGGCUUUCCUCGCCACCAUCUAUAUCUACAAGGGAGAUGACAGAGAAAAUGUCCUUUCAAAGCACAUCCAAGUUAUUUCACCACGUAUUCCAUCAAAGGGAUUACCAGACAAGGAACAACAAAAGGCUUACUAUUAA